CUGUUUAGCUACAGUAAUGAGAUCAUGAGAUAGUUUGUGGCCUUCAUGUUCUCUGUAAUUGUCUGUUUUGGAUGUUUUCCAACCGUUUGGGUAACAGAUCAAUGCAGACUUUGACCUCUUUCUGUUUAAAAUAUAAAUGAUUCCUGAGCUUCACACACUGACACACGAACUACUCACAGCUCACUCUACCUAGAUUCUAUACAUGGACACUGCUUAUGCUCUGUAACAGUUUUGUUUGAAACUUUUUCCUCUUGGGUGUACAUGCUGCUUGUAAUAAAGACUGCCUGCCUUUCAGAACCUCAGUACUGAACAAUGAGUUCUUUCCUGACUCUUUCUUCUGGGCAGAUGUUGCCUCUGAUGGGCCUAGGCACAUGGAAAAGUGCCCCUGGACAGGUGAAGCAGGCAGUACUAACUGCUCUAGACUGUGGCUACAGACACAUUGAUUGUGCUGCGGCUUAUGGUAACGAGCAGGAGGUGGGAGAGGCACUGGCUGUGAAGCUGGGAACAGGAACGGUCCUGCGUCGUGAGGAUGUGUUUCUCACCUCUAAGUUGUGGAACACACAGCAUCAUCCUGAUGAUGUGGAGGCGGCCUGCAGGAAGAGUCUACUGGACCUGGGGCUGGACUAUCUGGACCUCUACCUCAUGCACUGGCCCAUGGCCUUCCAACGGGGGACGGACUUACUACCCAGACGGGCUGAUGGGAGGGUUUGUUACGACCACAUACACUACACGGAAACCUGGGUUGCCAUGGAGAACCUGGUUGAUAAGGGGCUGGUCAGAGCUAUUGGUCUGUCAAACUUCAAUGCCAGACAGACAGAUGAUGUCGUCAGCAUCGCCAAACACAAGCCUGUGGUCAACCAGGUGGAGUGUCACCCAUACCUCUCCCAGACUGACCUGCUGAGUCACUGCAGGGCUGUGGGUGUGUGUUUGAUGGCCUACAGCCCUCUGGGUAGUGGAGACCGGCCCUGGGCCUCACCUGACCAACCCUGCCUGCUGCAGGACCCUGAAUUAAAGUCUAUCGCCCUACGCCACCGCAAGACCCCUGCUCAGGUCAUACUCAGGUGGCAGGUGCAGAGAGGAGUUGCCUGUAUCCCCAAGAGUGUCACUCCUUCCAGGAUACAGGAGAACAUGCAGGUUUUCGACUUCUCCCUGUCGGAUGAAGACAUGAAGCAGAUUGAGUUGUUCAACAGAAACAAGAGAUACAUCGUUCCGACUGUGGAGAGGGAUGGAAAGGGAGUGGCGAGGGAUGCAGAGCAUCCUUACUUCCCCUUCAAUGACCCCUACUGACCCAGGGUUUGAAGACAGACCUGCAGACCUGCUGCAGACCUGCCGUCACUAGGCCCUGUCACUGUAGAUUUGUUUUCAUUAGACAAGAAUCAUAUGUAAUGCAGCUCACGUUGCCUUAGUGAGAAUCAGCCUAUACACACUGUAUAAAAUAACAUUUUGGGUUUUCUUUUACUCCUUGAUUUUUCUUCUACUGAUCCAGUGUUUCUAUGCAUGAAUAUCUAAUCUGAGAUGAUUGGUCAAAGUAUGAAAUAAAGGAUGAAAUUAAGUA